AUGUUUAUUAAUUUAAUUCGUAUCGUUUUCUUUUGUAUUUUCUUCUUUCUCAACAUUUUCUGCCAUGCUUUCUUUCUUUCUUUCUUUCUUUCUUUCUUUCUUUCUUUCUUUCUUUCUUUCUUUCAAGUGCCUCUCUUUCCCUUGUUUUUCCUGCACCAUAUGCUUUCUUCUCCCUUUCUUUUGCCAGUCCCAUUCUUUCUUUCUUUCUUUCUUUCUUUCUUUCUUUCUUUCUUUCACAAGUGCCUCUCUUUCCCUUGUUUUUCCUGCACCAUAUGCUUUCUUCUCCUUUUCUUUUGCCAGUCCCAUUCUUUCUUUCUUUCUUUCUUUCUUUCUUUCUUUCUUUCUUUCUUUCUUUCUUUCUACUUAAUCUCUCCUCCUUUGUACUGCAUCUUAACAUCUUUUCUAAUUUCCUUCAUUUCGUUUUUUUUCCUUUCCUCUUUUAUCCUUUCUCUAUGUCCAUCGCCUUUCUUUCUUUCUUUUUUUCUUUCUUUCUUUCUUUCUUUCUUUUUUCUUUCUUUCUUUCUUUCUUUCUUUAUUUGUCACCCUUUUCAACUUGCCUCCAUUUAUUCAUUCCUUAACGUCUUUUCUUUUCUCAUCUGUCCCUUUCUCUACUCCGCUAUGGACUCACCCCCCACCCACAUCUUCUAA